UCUUUCAUGUCGUAAUUGUCAAUCAAGCUGUUCUCCGGUUCAGCGCUGAGCAAUUUUUAUUACUAAAGUUGUUUAUCUCGACCGGGAAAUCGCAUCAAUAUGGCAGCCGCCGUCGUCGCCGGUAAGGAUAUCGAGAAGCCCCAGGCUGAGAUCUCUCCAAUUCACCGCAUCAGGAUCACCCUGACUUCACGCAAUGUACGCUCACUCGAGAAGGUUUGCGCUGACCUCAUCAACGGAGCAAAGAAGCAGAAACUCCGCGUGAAGGGUCCCGUGCGCAUGCCCACCAAGAUCCUCCGUAUAACCACUCGCAAGACCCCUUGUGGUGAAGGUUCCAAGACCUGGGAUCGGUUCCAGAUGAGGAUCCACAAGAGAGUGAUCGACCUCCACUCACCAUCAGAGAUUGUGAAACAGAUCACCUCCAUUAACAUAGAGCCUGGUGUAGAGGUGGAAGUAACUAUCGCUGACGCGUAGGCACAGCUGCCAAAUAAACUAUUUUAAGAUAGAAUUGAUUUUUAUAUGUCCUAUAAAAAAUACAAAAAUAUUUUAUUAGGUAAAUAAAAUUGACAGAUACCCA